CUCUCUCUCUUACUCGGCCAGGUAAGAAAACUUGGUGAGCUUUACUGUCACCUGGUCGGCCUCACAAAUCCCUAGGUACUUUGCAGUGGCUCGUGACAGAGUUUCUGAGCUCCAGGAGGGGUCACCACAGCCAUGGCCGAAUCCCAGCUGAUGUGCAUGGAGGACGGCCACAUAGGAGCCAAGAUCCCGGAGUCCAAACCCGAAUUUUACUACAGCGAGGAGCAGCGCGCUGCCAUCGAGGAGCUCCUCAAGAAUGGUGACGGCGCCUUCAAAACGCGACUCCAGGAUGACAACAUGAAAGACUUUUUGUCGGCCAGAGAAGUCAAACUGUUUGUGAACACUUUCAGAAAGUACGACUCGAUGGGCGAUGACAGCAACAAGGCGUCGCCGUCCAAGUCCGCGCAGGGAGGCGCCGGCACCGACGUGGACUCGGGGGUCCACUCCACUUACUGGCCCCAGAUGUCGGACACUGAGGUCCCGCCGCUGGACAUCGGCUGGAGUGGCGGGGGGCUGUUCAAAGGGGUGACCCGGGUGGCCGUGCACACACACCCGCCCAAAGAAAACGGACCUCACAUCAAGGAGGUGGUCCGGAGGCUCAUCCAGGAGGCCACAAAGCUGAUAGCGAUAGUGAUGGACGUAGUCACAGACACUCAGAUUCUGCAGGAUCUGAUGGACGCAGCCUCCCGUCGCUCUGUGCCUGUUUACAUCCUGUUGGAUAACCAGGGUGUACCGCACUUCCUGGAUAUGUGCUCCAGGCUGCAGAUUGGCGCACAGCACCUUCGGAAUAUGCGAACCAGAUCACUUCAGGGAAUCGGCUUCGGCUUGUCUUUUGGGAAACUUCCUGGCGCGCUCUGCUAUAAGUACAUGCUGGUGGACGGGGACAAGGUCAUGUUUGGAUCAUACAGUUUCUCGUGGGGUACAUCUCGUAUGGACCGGAACAUGAUCACUGUGAUGACGGGGCAGGUGGUUGACUUCUUUGACCGGGACUUCCGUGAGCUUUACGCUGUCUCUGAAAACCUGGACCUUUACAAAGAGUUUCACGUGAGCCCACCUGCUCCUAACAUGACGCUACGCUCCAGAGCGGAGUCCAAACGCCCGCCUUUACCAGCGACCACAUCCCGCUUCCAGGUUACAUUGGGGGAGUCACGGAAAGCUAAUAUCCAGGUGCCUGCACACAAAUACCACAACCCCAAAUACUUGCUGGCAUUUGGGGACAUGCCAAGACGUCCGACGGGGUCUCUGCAGGAGCGGGGACCCAAGAGAGGCUCAGUUCUGGCUGUGGCUCCUGAGGAGAUGGACCCAGAAAGGCCACGACUGGCCAGCAGUGAGAAGAUGGAUCGCUUUAAUCCGUUGCCCACAGAAUCCCCACCCGAAAGUUUCACGACGCCCAACGGAGUCAAGCAAGAAAAGAACAAGUGGCUCACUUGGAAGAAGAGAUUCUCAAGGGGGAAAUCAGCCAGCAAGCUUUCGGUUAACAGCCAGGCAGAGGGCAGUUCCCCUACACCCACAGAAACCAAUCGGACAGACGAGAAUGAGGACAGCUUUGAAGUUAUCGUGAAAUCUCCGUCCAAGUGGAAGAGUAAGAAGUCGUCCAAACUGAGUCGGAACACAAGCUCUUUGCAAGCUGUCAACACUGCACAGGACAAUAAGAGUGUUAAGAGUCUACGUAGACCAAAAGAAGGCUGUAAAGUGUCCUGAGGACUGCAGAACGGAGGAACACGUUCUUAAAAAGAAUUAUGCAGCGACUUCCCCAAUACUGAUGUCGAAAGAUGUGCAAUACUCUGCGUGCUUUACCCAGAACCUUACAGAAAGACCAAAUGAAUGUACAAUCCUUCAGGUACUGCAAGAUGCAGUUUUUAAAAAUGUUUUUCUCAUAUGUUUGUUAAUCAUAGUGUUGUGGGAAGUCUUUUAUUCCCCCUGUCCGGUUCAGAGAGGUUUGAUGAGAUUUUUCGAUCACUUGCAUCUUGUUUGCUCUUGUAGAGGCGCUUAUGGGAUGUGGGGCUGACUGCAGGGGCUGAUACUGACUGUGUGGUUCUGUAGAGUCUGUUUGAGAACUCUAAAUGUGAAAUCCUCUUCAGCUGACAUACAGAAAAAAGUUUUCUGAGUUUACAAAUCAAACACCAAACGUCCAAAUGAGCGUGAGUGAGAAACUGAUGAUGAGCAACCUGAAGCGGGACUUGGCCAGAUCUUGGAUUAUUCCUAAUUUUGCACAGAGAAAUUUUGUUUCUAAACAAAAGUAAGAGUGAAUAACUAUUGCUUUAUGCCAUCCCUUCAGUGAGAUGGUAUGCAGUAUGUGUAUACUACUACUACUAGGACUGCCAACCUUUUUUGUCUUUUUAUGUUGUCGUUUAUCUGUAAAAGAACCUUACAGAGAAUUUAUGUCUGAUAUUUGAUGCAGUAAGAAGUUGUGGGACCUCUCGUGCAUUGUGCGUAAUAAAUCGUUUCAGAUAAGGAAAA